AAUUAAUUGUACGAUUCUUAACUACCAUGUUACUGAAGAAAGAUUAUUAUAUAAGUAUGGUUUCUUAUGCAAUGGCGUCUCUAAGGGGUAGGAUCUUAAGCACAUUCUUCAUUUCAAGCUCUGCAAAUCACAUGUUUUUCCCUAGCUUCUCUCUGUAUGCCUUGUUCUUAUGCUUUGGCUUUACCUGCUGCUUUGCAAGAGACACCAUAACGUUUUACAAUCCCAUUAAUAGCUCGGGAGAGUCACUUAUAUCUGCCAGUGAGAAAUUCGAACUUGGGUUUUUCACACCUAAUGGAAGCUCCCACGGGGGACGAUUCGUUGGCAUCUGGUAUUACCGCAUGGAACCACGGACAAUCGUGUGGGUUGCCAACAGAGAUAAAUCAGUGUCUAAUUCCACGGCCUGGGUUUUUGGCAUUAGUAAUGAAGGUAACCUCAUGCUUUCUGAUGGAAGUAGCCCUUCUUACACAUUGACAAGUCCUGGAGGCAUCUCAGCUACUUCUAAGAUGACGUUGAAGCUCAUGGAUUCUGGAAACCUGGUUUUAAGUGAAGGUCCAGAUAAUGGCUCGGCGAGAGUGGUUUGGCAAAGUUUUCUUCACCCGACUGAUACAUUUCUUCCUGGUAUGAAGUUUACUGAAGACCUCAAGUUGACUUCAUGGAAAAGUCAACAUGACCCUGCCUCAGGACCCUACGUUUUUCGGCAAGAUGAAACAGAACGAGGAAACGAAUAUAUCAUCACUAACAACGAUUCGAUGCCGUACUGGAAAAGUGGAUUAUCAGGAAAAUUCAUUACCAAUGAUGAAAUUCCGAAUUUUAUUUCCCUUUUCCUACAGAAUGGUACACCGCAAAAUUGUCCACUUCCGAAGCAAAAUCCUAUAAAUAUUCCGAGCUAUUGUAGUGGUACGCUACGACAAAGCUACGACUACAACAACACCAGAUUAGUCAUGGAUUUCGCUGGAAAGUUGCGGUUUUUUGAACGGCAUAAUCAGACGGAUGCGUGGUCGUCGAACUGGUGGGAGCCAAUUAACAGAUGUAGCGUGUUUGAUGCUUGUGGUAAUUUUGGUAGUUGCAAUAAGGAGAACAAGGUGCCCUGCAAGUGUUUACCUGGGUUUCAACCACAAUCACCGGAUAAUUGGAACAAAGGAGAUUUUUCAGAAGGGUGCACAAGAAAAUCUCCGGUAUGCGGCCAACACAAGGUUGAGGAAUUCUUGAAAUUAAGCAAGAUGAAAGUGCAAAAGCCAACUUCAAUAUUUUCAGUUAAUGAUAAAAAUGAAUGCCAGAGUAGGUGCCUUAAAUACUGCGCUUGUCACGCUUAUUCAUAUACCGAAGUUGAAACCUACCUAAGGAGUCGUGUAAGUAAUUUUACUUGCGGGAUAUGGAUAGAUGAUUUAAAAAACAUUCAGGAGUCAUAUACAGAUGGGGGUCUUGACCUCUAUCUCCGUGUACAGCGUUCUGAAAUAGAAUCAGGAAACAGAACUUGUGAGACUUGUGGCACUAACAUCAUUCCCUACCCUCUUAGCACUGGAUUGAGUUGUGGUGAUCCAAUGUACUUCAGUUUCAACUGCCAAACUGAAACAGACACUGGUGAGAUUAGCCUCAAUGCAAGUGGUCAACACUACCGAGUUACUAGCAUCAAUCUGAAGACACAAAGGUUUUCCAUCCAAGUUCAAAAUGCGGAAAAUUGUAGGGGAAGAGAUUCAAUGGAAAAGCUUCUACAGCUUCCUGGGUCCUCUCCAUUUUUUGUGAGCAGUGCGUGCAAUGCUACCAGGGAUAAUUUUAGUACGGAUUCUUUAAGUGAAGCUAAAUUGUUUUAUGAAGUAGAAAUUGGGUGGAAGCCGCCCUUAGAGCCAAUAUGUGGUUCAUCUGAAGACUGCAAAGAUUUGCCAAAUUCAUCUUGCAAUGUAGCAGCCGAUGGGAAAAAUAGGUGCUCCUGCAAUCCAUCCUUUCAAUGGGAUCCAUCAAGAUGGAGAUGCACUCCAAAUUCUCACUGGAAUCGACGCCGAGGACGUCCGGAGAAAUAUUUGAUCUUCCUUGUGGUCACUGCAGCCAUGCUGUUCAUCCUGUGCACUGCUUUUGCUUUGUACCAUAAGAGGAGAAGAAGAAUGAUCAGUAGACAAGGAAAUCUGGAAUUCAGCUUGUACAACAGUGAGAGACGUGUCAUAGAUUUCAUAAAUUCAGGCGACUUCAGGGACGAUGAUAAAACAGACAUAGAUGUACCAUAUUUCGAUCUGGAAAGUAUAUUAGUAGCCACAGAUAACUUCGCCGAAGCAAACAAGCUUGGACAAGGGGGGUUUGGGCCUGUUUACAAGGGUAAGCUUCCACGAGGACAAGAAAUUGCUGUAAAGAGGCUAUCGAGAGGUUCAGGUCAAGGCUUAGAGGAAUUCAAGAAUGAGGUUGUUUUGAUUGCCAAGCUUCAACAUCGUAAUCUUGUCAGGCUUCUGGGCUAUUGUGUUAAAGGAUAUGAGAAAAUGUUAAUCUACGAAUAUAUGCCCAACAAAAGUUUGGACUCCUUUAUAUUCGAUCGAACACGAAGCGUGCUGUUGAACUGGGAGAAGCGCAUUGACAUUGUUUUGGGGAUUGCUCGAGGGAUGCUUUAUCUUCACCAAGAUUCUAGGCUGAGGAUUAUUCACAGGGAUUUGAAAACAAGCAAUAUUCUAUUAGAUGAGGAGAUGAACCCAAAAAUUUCUGACUUUGGUUUGGCAAGAAUUUUUGAAGGCGAACAAACAGAGGCGAGCACAGAGAAAGUGGUUGGUACCUAUGGUUACAUGUCUCCCGAGUACGCACUUGAUGGAUUUUUCUCAAUCAAAUCAGAUGUUUUCAGUUUUGGUGUGGUUCUCCUUGAGACUAUCAGUGGAAAAAGGAACACUGGAUUUUAUCAAGCAGAACAGCCCCUAAGCCUCCUAGGUUUUGCAUGGAGAUUGUGGGAAGAUGACAAGGCUCUGGAUUUAGCUGAGCCGGCUUUGCGUAAAACUUGCAAUGCAAAUGAAUUUCUUAGGUGUGUUAAUGUUGGACUCUUAUGUGUACAAGAAGACCCCUGUGUCCGUCCCACCAUGUCAGAUGUGCUUUUCAUGCUUGGAAGUGAAACUGCAAGUCUUCCCAUCCCCGAACAGCCAGCAUAUGUUGUGAGAAGGGCUCUUUGCAGCUCAGCUUCUUCUACCAAUAAGCAGCAAUGGAAUUCAGAGCUUACGGCCAGUUUGGAAGAGGUUGAGUCGGAGUCCACCUUGAUGAUGCAAUCUGAAGAGAAAAUCGAUGAAGGAGAAGAUCCGGAGUCCACCUUGGCGAUGCAGCCUGAAGAGAAAAUCGAUGAAGAAGAAGAUGUAGAAAACAAAGAAACAGAAGAAAAUUCGGUCUCUUCCUACUCUUUAGGGUGCCAGUACGAAGAAAAUUCAUGUUCCAAGAAGAUGAAAAGAACUUCUAGAUGGUCAGUAGUUCACAUUCUCGCUGUCAUCUUAUUUUGCUAUACAAUUUUGAUAUUAUCUUCUCCUCAUUGCUGCUCUGCUAGAGAUAAUAUAACAAUAAAAAGUAGGCUAGGUUAUGCACAAACUCUUGUUUCAGCUGGAAAUAGAUUUGAAUUGGGGUUCUUUGACCCAUCCAGAAGCUCUAAUGUUAAGAGGUAUGUAGGCAUAUGGUACACCAAUUCACAAACAGUUGUUUGGGUUGCUAAUAGAGGAAAACCACUUUCAGACAAUAGUGGAGUUUUAUCUAUUGCAGGUGGCGACCUCAAAGUAUCCGAUGACAAAGGGAUCGUUUAUUGGCAUACAGAUCUUGGGCUCAAACGUUUGAACCUUGUGGAAAAGCUCGAGGAUACUGGUAACUUUGUUCUGCUUGAGGAUCGGCCAAAGGGGAAAAUUUUAUGGCAAAGCUUUGACCAACCAACGGAUACAUUUAUUUAUGGUAUGAAGAUGGAUGAAAAUUUUAAAUUAACUUCAUGGACCAGUAAAGAAGAUCCAGCACCGGGAAACUUCACUUUCAAGAAAGAUCCGGCAGAAGAGAGUCAGUUUGUUGUCAUGGAAAAAAUUAUCACUCACUGGAGAUCAAUGGAGCCAGAGACAGGCAAAAUCUUUGAAUCGGAUGAAAUGCCUUCUACAAUACUCAAUUUUUUCAAUUCAAGCAAUAAUAGACCAGAAGUUUACAGUGAUAAAAGAUUGGUGAUGAAUUUUACCGGAGAUUUACAGUAUUGGCAGUUGGAUAUAGACACGAAAAACUGGUCCUUAAUGUUGUGGGUUCCGAAAGAUAUAUGCGGUGUGUUCAAUUUUUGUGGGAACUUUGGCACCUGUAAUAGCAAGAAUAAGUUACCAUGCAAAUGUUUGCCAGGUUUCAAACCUAAACUCCCAGAGAAAUAUAAGGCCGGAAUUUUUUCAGAUGGUUGCUCCAGAAAGAAUACAUCAUGUGACAAUGAUUUCUUGAGCUUCAAAAGGAUGAAAGUGAGAAAUCCAGACUCGUUUGAGGCGAAGGAUGAAAAAGAAUGCAGAGAGAUGUGCCUUAGUAAUUGCCAGUGCCAGGCAUAUUCAUAUGUCCUCCAGAGGGACACUGUUUUAUGCUUGACUUGGACAGAGGAUCUCAAAGAUCUUCAGGAUGACCAAGAUGGUGGCUAUGAUGUUAAUGUCCGUGUGGUGCUGUCAGAUAUAGGAGCAACAGGUAGAAAUUGUGAGACGUGUGGCACGAACUUGGUCCCUUAUCCCCUAAGCACUGGACCAAAAUGCGGUGAUCCCAUGUACGCCAGAUUCUACUGCAAUAACGAUACAGACCAUCUAAGCUUCAAUGCACCUAGUGGCAACUAUAAUGUCAUCAGUGUCGAUCCAGAGGCACGAAUAUUUGUUAUUCAAAUGCAAUCCGAAAAACCAGAUAAUUGUUUUUUUAUGAAAUCAUCAGGAAGCAGAAUUCUGCAGCUCAAUGAAUCAUCGCAGUUCAAUGUGACCAGCUGGUGCAGCAGUGAUCUAGGGAACUUUACUACUGAUUCUUCACUAAAUGAUACAGUUGCAGUAGGAAUUAGUUGGAAGCCGCCGCUAGAGCCAACCUGUACAUCAUCUGCUGAAUGCAAGGAUUGGCCUCAUUCAACUUGCAAUAAAACAGGAAAUGGACCAAAACGGUGCCUUUGCAAUGCUAACUUCCGUUGGGAUGGCUUAGCUUUAAACUGUACUCCAGAAGGUGGACAAUCAGCAGAGUCUUUUCAUAGCAACAAGCUACUCCUUCUGAUCCUUGGACUUUCUCUGGCAACUGCAAUGGCCCUUUUCUGCGCCGUUGUUUCUAUUUGCGUAUGGAGAAGAAAGGUGGUAAAAAGGCGAGCAAAACAAAGAAAAGCAGCUCUUCAUCGGUAUGACACUGAGAGAGGUGUUAAAGAGCUAAUAGACUCGAACGAAUUCAAAGAACAAGAUGAGACGGGAAUAGACGUACCCUUCUUUGAUUUUGAAAGCAUACUAGCUGCAACAGACAAUUUCUCAGAAGAAAACAAACUUGGAAAAGGAGGGUUUGGACCGGUUUACAAGGGUAAGUUUCCAGGAGGUCAAGAAAUUGCUGUAAAGAGGCUCUCUAGUGUUUCAGGACAGGGCUUGGAGGAAUUUAAAAAUGAGGUUGUGUUGAUUGCUAAACUUCAACAUCGGAAUCUUGUGAGACUAUUGGGCUACUGCAUAAGAAGAGAGGAGAAGAUUCUACUCUAUGAAUAUAUGCCCAACAAAAGCUUGGACAGCUGGAUAUUUGAUGAAUCAUUUAGCCAGCAAUUGGAUUGGGAGACACGAUUCAAUAUCAUUUUGGGAAUUGCUAGAGGAUUGCUUUAUCUUCACCAAGAUUCUAGACUGAGAAUCAUUCACAGAGAUCUGAAAACUAGCAACAUACUACUAGAUGCAGAGAUGAAUCCAAAAAUAUCAGACUUUGGCCUUGCAAGGAUGAUCCAAGGCAAACAAGCUGAAGCAAACACACUUAGAGUAGUUGGAACAUAG